AUGAAGAAGAAAAAAUAUAUGUCUUACGCUCUGGCUCACGGUGAUGAUACAGAAGUCUUUUCUGAAGGGGACACGCAGAAGGAGAUCUUCCACAGUCCUCCAGAUACAGGGCACAGCCCAGAAGCUACGGCAGAGAAAAAGAACCUGCGGCUUUACAUGACUAAAGUUAAUCCUACUUCUAUGGCUGGUAUUGUUGUAAUCACUGCGUCUGUAAACAGAGCCGUAAGAGGAAUUUCGGCUAUACAGACACCAACAUCUGCCGGCCAAUUGACCGUAACAACUGUCCAUGUGACGUUGGCGUCCGACUACAAUCGAGAAUCGGGCAGGAACAUCUGCGUUGCCGUAGCAUUUAAUUCUCAAUUAUCAUCAUCAGUAGCUAGGGAUAACGGAAACUUUCUGAGUCAAGAACUUUACAGGAAACGAAGUGGCGGGACGCAAUUGGCAGAUGGCUGCUAUAUUGGUGAGCUGAUGGAUACAUAUAUGAACAAGGAUUUCGGUGAUAACCGCAAGGACGCUGUUGCUGUUUUGAAAAUAUAA